UGUGAAGAAAUGAUGACGAAAGAUGCCGAACGCAUCAGAUGUUACGCCAACGCUAUAUGGCUGGCAUGUGCAUUGCUGAUGGUCAUUAUUGGUCUUAUUGAGGCUAUUGGCGGUGAUAAUGAUGACCUGGCUGGUGGCAUUUUAUCUACCACAUGUGGCUUUAUAAUAAAGCUGCAACCUAUUACAAUGUAUGAUCGUGAUCAUGGUAAUGACUUAACCAUGGGUAUCGUCAGCUCAAUUGCACUGAUACUGGAGUUUGUAAUACUGUUAACAACAGUCACAUCCCAGCGCUGGGAGCGUAUGGGCACAACUAUCCGUAGAUCACUUGACCGGCCGUUUGUUGUGGCUCGUGCUCGGGCUCGGACCAGGACUCGUGCACCGGCAACGGGUACGGAUAUUCGGGCACCGACUGCUCGGGAUAGGGCUGUUGGGGUGGCGGCGGUCGCCACGAGUGCUCAGGUUUGGACCAUUCGGGUCGGGGCAAGUGUGCCGGGCGUUCGGGCCACGCCUCGGCCUCUGGCCAGCCCUCUGCUAUCGGCUCCGGGUAUAUCAGCGGUGGCUGCGGUCGGUUUUGAUGAUGACCAUGUUGCCGUACCGGCUGUCCACCAAUUGCGGCCCAACCUCUUUGAAGUGUUUGGGCAGUGGGUUAACGCGGUUUAUGUGGGUAUUUUUGGCAUGGUGUAA